AUGGACAGCGGUGAUUUAGGUCCAACUCACUUCCUCCAUCCCCGGCGCUGUGUUAGUAGCCCUGGACGGGUUGAAAUGACUCGUACAUAUCAUCAAAAAGUAACAGUGCUUAAUACGAAUAAAUAUAAGUUCAAAAUAUCAUUUAUUAAAGUGAACUAUUGCUUACAGGUUGAUUUUUCUGAGAAACCAUCGUUUUGGAAGGCAUUAAAGCCUCCCGCAAAAGACAAAUGUGGUGAACUGCUUUGUUCCCUUUGUUAUCAUCCUAGUAAUUCUAUUUUAACACUGACGUUGCUUAAAGCGAGAAAUCUUAAAGCAAAAGACAUUAACGGAAAAUCUGAUCCUUACGUAAAAGUUUGGUUACAAUUUGGUGACAAAAGGAUUGAAAAGCGAAAAACACCGAUUUUCAAAUGUACUCUCAACCCCGUUUUUAAUGAAGCAUUUUCAUUUAAUGUACCUUGGGAAAAAAUCAGAGAAUGCUCAUUAGAUGUAAUGGUGAUGGAUUUCGAUAAUAUCGGCCGAAACGAACUGAUUGGCCGGAUACAACUGGCAGGUAUA